AUGAGCGUCAAUCAAGACGAAGUCGACCGAGUACUCCGUCUGAAGCGCCAAGAACGGGAACCCAAAGCGUGUUACCCCUGUCGAAAGAGAAAAGUCAAGUGUGAUGGCACUCAGCCUUGUCGGACUUGUCUGAAACGCAAUCAUCCUCAGAUAUGCACGUUUGAUCCAUCACGAGCGCCAAGGCGCCGAGAGGGAUCGCAGGCUGCCAAUGUCCAAUCGGCCGGUGUGAGCUCUCCUAAAAGGAUUGAGCCAGAGGCGAGGGCCGCUCAUGCAUCAGCUUCGCCCUCGAUAGGCUUACGGCCAGAUGAUACAGCUAAGGAUUAUAGCUAUUCGGGAGAUAACUCUCUUGUCUCGAUCCUGCGUUCGCGGGCAUCAGGUUCUAAUGAAUCGAUGGCUCGAGAGGUCGGGUCGGUUCUAGGAUUGCAGAAUUCGUUCAGUAUUUAUCCAUUUAUGGAUCCGAAGACACCCCAUGAACGAUGGAAGUCGUUGCUCAGUGUUUUGCCUCAGAGGAAUGAAGUCUUGAAGUUCUUCCAUUACUAUCGUGUCACGGCAUACCCCUUCAAUCCCAUUCUGGCUGACAUGGAUCGGUUUGAGUCGGAUCUAUGCACAUAUCUCAAUGCACAUGCUUCUGGGGAGCUACUGGAUCAGGAUCAUAUUACUGAGCGAUGGGCUACGGAUAAGUCUGUCGGUCAUAUCAGUCUUCUAUUGGCUACGUUAGCUGCAGGGGCACAUUACUCGGAUAUUGAAUACCCAAAGCGACUGGAACUCGCAACUGAUUUCGCUCGUCGCUCGUUCCAUGCUCUCCGCCUAGCAAACUUCCUGUUCCGACCCUCACUCGAUAUCAUCCAAGCACUCGUUAUCCUCGGCAACACAAUACAGAACAUGGGUCAAUCAGAUGCUGCCUGGGCAUUCCUAGGAACGACAGUUCGACUUGCUCAGACAAUGGGUCUGCACACUGAGCGAGGUACAAUCCACUGGCCCGAGUACGUGCAAACCAAAGUCCGAAAGCUGUGGUCGACUAUCGUAUGGCAGGAUAGCUUGCUAUGUCUUUGCUAUGAUCGCCCUCCAAUCGUGACCCUCACCGGUUGGUCUCCCGAUAACAGCCUGUUACAAAAGCAGGACCUAUCAUAUCAGGAAGUGAUGCAUUUCAUCACUCGACUGGGUCUGGACAUCAUGCGACCUGAAAACCCCGGCGCGAGCGAAAACGAUCGAUCAAUCGAUGCCUUACAGCAGAUAGAUAACCUCUACCGGCGCGGGAAACCCCAUCUGCAAGCACGAGACAAUUGCAUAGCCUUCCAGGAACAUCUCGAACACCUCGCAUUAAAAAUCCAUUCUUCCUUCUGCGUAUCAGUGGUCUGCCGUCCUGCCAUGAAACAGUCACAGGGCCAGCCUCUCCUCAUGCAACAGGACCUUCUUCGCGCCCGUGCAAAGGGAAGCUUGAUUGAUGCAUCGCGCGCGUUUCUGGACUUCCAAGCUCUCAGCGUGGUUCCUCUCCGGAGCUGGUCCAUGGUACAUACUGUCUUGAGCUCCACCUUGCUUCUUUGUAUAUGGGAGGAGACUCGGAAUGAUCCCGAGUGUCGAGAUCUUCAACAAAAGGUUAUUGAUGUGUUCUCUUCCGCGGACUGGAAAGCGUCCGAUGAGGGAAAUCCCGGGUCUGAGAAUGAAGGCCAGUGGUUAUCUGCGCGGCAUAUCCGGGCGCUCGUCACUCUGCGAAGUGCUUUGGAUCGACAACAGGAUGUGAGCGUUCAAGAGAAUGAGGCCUGGACAAGCGAUGGUGUCAAUCCUGGUCAAUUUUCUACUAGUAUGUCGGAUGGAAUGUUUGACGUAGGAAAUAUGUUCGAUACGUCGCCUUUAUCUUACUUGGACUCAAUAAUGAAUGUGCCAAUGUUCGACUUUACACAGGAAAAUGCGUUUUUGUGA